AUGAUUGAAGAGGUGAUGGUUGAUUGUGGUGUUAGUGAUGAUGAUGUCAAUGGGGUGUCGGUGGUGUCUUUUCAGGGAGCAUCUGAUACCAUGAACUUACCUGUGGCUUUUAUCAGUUUCAUCAUGCUGCCAAUUGCAGGGAAUACCAAGGCUAUUAGGUUUGCCAUGGAAGACAAGCUUGACUGCACACUUGGAGUAGCAAUAGGUUCCUCGAUUCGGAUAUCGAUGUUUGUGAUUCCCAUUUGUGUGAUUGUUAGUUGGCUCAUGGGAUCACCAAUGGAUUUGAAUUUUCAACUCUUUGAGACUGCUAUGCUUUGUAUCACAGUUCUAGUGGUGGCAUUUAUGCUGAAGGAAGGGAUAUCAAACUAUUUUAUAGGUUUGAUGCUUAUUCUAUGCUAUCUCAUGGUUGCUGCAAGUUUGUUUGUACAUGUUGACCCUUCAAAUGAUGAUUAA